GUGUGCGCUGCGCUGCAGGAGGCCGCCCUGGCGCGGGGUGCAGCGCACCGAAACAGGCGUCGUCGUCGCCGGUCUUCGCUCCUCGCCCGUUGUCGCCCAUGGCUGCCGAGCCCCAGCCCCAGGGGCUGACCCGCAAGCCCGUCCUGCUGGGCGCGGUGGAGGAAUCACACGACGUGGUGAACAUGGCAGCGAUCGUGCCCAAGGAGGACGGCGUCAUCAGCGUCUCCGAGGACAGAACAGUUCGUGUCUGGCUGAAGAGAGACAGUGGGCAGUACUGGCCUAGCAUAUACCAUGCAAUGCCAUCUCCAUGUUCAUGCAUGUCUUUUAACCCGGAAACCAGAAGGCUGUCCAUAGGUCUAGACAAUGGUACAAUCUCAGAAUUUAUUUUAUCAGAAGAUUACAACAAGAUGAGCCCAGUAAAAAGUUACCAGGCACACCAGAGCAGAGUUAUGAUGAUUCUGUUUGUCCUGGAGAUGGAGUGGGUGCUAAGCACAGGGCAAGACAAGCAGUUCACGUGGCAUUGCUCGGAGAGCGGGCAGCGACUGGGAGGGUACCGUACCAAUGCAGGCGCUUGUGGCCUUCAAUUUGAUGUCGAGACACGACAUGUGUUUGUUGGUGAUCACUCUGGGCAAGUAACCAUUCUCAAAUUAGAGCCACAGUCCUGCAGCCUUGUCACAACAUUCAAGGGACAUACAGGUGGUGUCACUGCUCUCUGUUGGGACCCAGUGCAACGAAUUCUGUUCUCGGGCAGCUCGGAUCAUUCCAUCAUUAUGUGGGAUAUAGGAGGAAGAAAAGGAACAGCCAUCGAACUACAAGGACACAAUGAUAAAGUUCAGUCUCUCUCCUAUGUUCAUCAUACGCGACAGCUCAUCUCUUGUGGUGGAGAUGGUGGAAUUGUUGUCUGGAAUAUGGAUGUUGAGAGACAAGAGACACCCGAGUGGUUAGACAGUGAUUCUUGUCAAAAGUGUGACCAGCCUUUUUUCUGGAACUUCAAACAGAUGUGGGACAGUAAGAAAAUAGGCCUUAGACAGCAUCACUGCCGGAAGUGUGGGAAAGCAGUGUGUGGAAAAUGCAGCUCCAAGCGCUCCUCCAUACCACUGAUGGGAUUUGAGUUUGAAGUGCGGGUCUGCGAUAGCUGUCAUGCCUCUAUCACAGAUGAGGAACGGGCACCCACAGCCACUUUCCAUAAUAGUAAGCACAACAUUGUCCAUGUACACUUUGAUGCAACCAAGGGAUGGCUAUUGACUUCUGGGACAGACAAAGUUAUUAAGUUAUGGGAUAUGACACCAGUAGUUUCUUGAUGAUGCAUCACUGGAAUGUAAAAAGUCAUUUUUUCCUGAAGAAACAGAUUCCCUAACCCUAAUCAUGUUGCAGAAGUUAAGAUCUUGCAGUGUGUGCGGCAGAUGAAAAAGGAACUAAUGUAUCUAUGAUUUCAAGUCCUCUGCUAGAUCAAGGCUCAACGUUUGCACAGAGACUCUAUUUCAACUUGUUCUAAAAAAUAUACAAGAAGGUAUUUUUUUAACUAACGGUUUGUACAAUCUGGCUGCGUUCAGGUGUUUUGAGUUUGUCUGGAAAACCUGUGUGUAGUGCAAUUUAGUUUUUGUAUUUCAUUAUGUCGGGAUACAUGCUGCUUGGUGUGGACGAGUUUCUUGGUUUGAAAUGUUUCCAACACCCGCAUACUGUAUACAAAGCUGUCAAAAUUCCCCCCCCCCCACACACACACACAGACUACCUAUUUAUUUGUGAUGGGUUUUGCUAAUGUGUUCUCUUGUGGAGGAAUUUUGAGUCAGGUCUUAUAUUUAACAAAAAGGUGCAUUGUAAAGGGUUUGAGGGAUUAUCGCACUUCCAAAAAGGGCUUUCCUGUUUACAUGUUUUAGCAAACAUCAUUCCCAGGUGUGGUGAUGGUACUGAGUUUCAUAGACACCUUCCUGUCCUUUUCCCUUGCCACACAAAUUGCAAAAUGAAGGGGAUGGGUUGCUUAGCAACUCCUUUUACAAUAGCUGAAAUUAAUUUUUUUCAGCUCAAUGUUAACAUGGAGCAUCCAGGCCGGUUUUGAAUUUGAGUCUGUGCAAACUGGUUCAAAUUAAAAUACUGGCAGGAGCUUAGAACUGUGGAAGGGCAUAAAGUGGGGCCUAAGCAAAUUUGUUUGGGCCUGAUAAGCUUGCUGCUCCUCAGGAGGCAUCAUUUUAGUGUUCUGUAUUGCUGGAGAUUAAAUUCACUUCCCCCACUCUUGUUCCCAAUCUGGUUACUUAUAUUUAUUUUUAAAUGACUGAUUUUUUUUUUUUUUUUUUUCUUUAUUGAUCUUGUCUGAGGUUGCUGAAUUACACCCACAUGUUCUGCAGUCAGAAUGGGCACUUCCUUUUAAAAAUAAAGGCAACUUAAAAACCGGAAUUGGUCCAAAUGACCUUUUUACAGGGGCAUUGUUAAAGUUAAUAGGCAAGAAAAUUGCCCUCCUUUUUUUUUUAAGGAGGUCCUGUCUGCUAGGUCACCUCUCUGGAUUCUUCCAAGCUGGUGCACUUGCAAAUAGCUUCUCUCAAGGCCAAUACCAUAUUUACUCGUAUUUACUCGAAUAUGAGACAAGGUUCCCCUUCUUCUUCCCUCACCCCUAUUGGCAUGGGUGGAAAAAAAGCCACCUGCCUUAUAAUUGUGUACAAGGAAAUUUCACUAAAUACAUUGUCUAUCAUUAAACUGCUGCCAAAAGCAGCACGUGCUUAGCAAUAGAAACCAACUCUGAAGUUGAUUAAAUGCAGCUAACACUGAGAAUGACUAUAAAACACAUGGCCCAACAUUAGGCAAACAUGCUGAUGGGAACCUGCCACAAAAAUAGAUUAGUACAGCCCGUCUGAAUAAGACAUAUGGUAGUACCCAUUAAGCGCAGUCCCCCUCACCACCAACUGUUUUUUCAAGUCAUACUGAGCCAUGGCAUUGCAUAUACUUCACCCAGAAUCCCUCUGUCAUCCCCUCUCAGCCAUGUUUAAUUUCAAGGUUGUUGUUUUUAAAUUUGCUUCUCGCUUCUUUGUGCUCAGUAGGAUCUGAUGGUAAGGGGAAGGGAUUGCCAAGGAAAAAAAGUUAAGGGGAAGCAGAGAGCAAAGGGGCUCCCUGACUCCCCCAAUUUAUUUUCCCUGCUGUAGCAGUGGGAGGGGAACAAAUUCAAUUCAAGCCUCCAAUAAUUAGAUUCUAUACCUGGAAAAUUAUAACACAUUUAUAAAGUUUCCAUAUAUAGAAUCUAAUUAUUGUGGGGGGCUGUCUUAUCAGGAUCAUCUUCUAUUCGAGUAAAUACAGUAAUAAUUUAACAUCAAAUGGAGGGACCUUGGAAGGUACUGCAGGCCCUUCCACAUGGGGCUGCUGUUGAGACACUAUGACCCAGUUGCCAGGAUACAAGAAGAAAAUGGCCAAACUCGGGUCUGCUGGUAGCUCUGAAGUUAUUUGCCCCUGUCCAGACUUCACAGUCUCCCUUUAUACUCUAGAGUAAUGAUACUGAAUGACCUUUACUAGUCUAGAUUGCAAAGUGGUUUACAAGGGAAGGGUUAUGUAGAGGAUUGCAGCCUUGUAAAAAUCUACUCUUACCUGGGGUAUGCAAACUACCUUAACAGGUGAAUAGAAAGUGCAAUUGGUUUGUAAAUUAUUGGUUUUUAUGGUAAAAGGCAAUUGAGUAGAUUCUUGUGUGGGGCAGGGAAGAUCAAUCUUCUUGCCACCGUUUACUUUUUUUUUCUUUCAUCAAUGUAUUUACCUCCUAUUGAAAGCAGUGCCAUCCUGGAUUUAUUGGUCAUGCUGUUUAGCAUCUGGCUCUCCUCAUCAGUGUAUGUUAGCAUGUAUUGUCAAAAAAUAAGCUAAAAAGAUUCUUUCCCAGUUUGAAUGUUAAUUCUUUUUAAAGUUUGCCUACUUCUUGUCAUGGCCACCAGCCAUUCAUGUUCUCCUUUACACUGACUGGUGGUUCAUGAUCUGGCUCUUGUGACUGAAAUUUAUUUUUCUUGACAAAGCUAUGCAAGAUCAGUCUGUGGCUUUCCAGCAUGCAAAUACACUUAUUACUUAGCUAAAGU